GCUGUAAAGUAGAAAAGGAAAUUAAAAAAAAGGAGAAAAAAAGCAAGAAAAUCCAGAAACGGUUAUUUUGCUCCACUGCUUCAACCUCCUUUAUCCCAUCAUCAAGGUACUCUACUGCUUUCUUCUUUAAUUCCAUUCAUCCACAAAAGUGAUGCAUAAUUUUUUCUUCAAAAUCCUAUAACAGUAAUUAUAACAACUAUGGCUUCUUUGAAAUUGUCCCUUUCUUGGGACUCUGUCGAUUCAAAGAAACUCAGCUUCUACGUUAACCCAUCUCAUUUACCUGAUCAAUGUUCCAGUUUUUCAUUCACCAGUUGUUUUCAUGUCGCAAGAGCUGCUUCCAUGCUCACUUCUUUGACUAGGCUCAAACAUAUUAGAGUCGAACCCGCCAACGUUCCUGACCCUAACCCAGUCGAUAGAGAUAGCCCUUUUUCUUCCAAAAAUGAAUUAGUGAAUGAAAACCCAAAACUUGUUGAGGGCCGAAAAGGUCAAAACCGCAAGAAAGGGAUAACAAGAAAUGUGGAUUUCAGGUUUGGUUCCAGAAGGAGUGGUAACGAAGUAGAAAAAGGAGAUCUUUUUGUGUGUAGAAAUAGCGGGUUGGAUGUUGAUUAUACUGCUAUAAAGCCUGACUUGAAUUUGGAGCAUUGUAAUUCUAUAUUGAAAAGACUUGAGAAGUCUAAUGAUGGUAAUGCUUUGAGAUUUUUUGAGUGGAUGAGGAGCAAUGGGAAAUUAGAUGGAAAUGUGACGGCUUAUAGAUUGGUUCUUCGAGUUUUGGGCAGGAGACAAGAUUGGGACGCUGCUGAAAUAUUGGUUAGGCAAGCAAAAUGCGAUUCCGGCUGUGAGCUUGAUUUUCAGGUUUUCAAUACAAUCAUAUACGCCUGUUCUAAAAGGGGGAUUGUUGAAAUGGGUGCUAAGUGGUUUAGAAUGAUGCUGGAACAUGGGGUUCAGCCAAAUGUUGCCACUUAUGGGAUGCUUAUGGGACUUUACCAAAAGGGUUGGAAUGUUAGGGACGCAGAGUUUGCACUUUCACAAAUGAGGAGUUCUGGCAUUGUAUGUCAGUCUGCAUACUCUGCAAUGAUCACAAUUUAUACACGGUUGAGUUUGUAUGACAAAGCGGAAGAGGUUAUCAGCUUUAUGAGAGAAGAUAAAGUCGCAUUGAAUCUUGAGAAUUGGUUGGUGAUGCUUAAUGCUUAUAGUCAAAGUGGCAAGUUAGACGAGGCUGAGCAGGUAUUGGUUUCAAUGCAAGAAGCAGGCUUUUCUCCAAAUAUUGUUGCAUACAAUACACUGAUCACAGGGUAUGGAAGAGCAUCAAAUAUGGAUGCAGCUCAACUAGUAUUCCUGAGCAUCCGGCAAGUUGGAUUAGAACCUGAUGGUACAACUUACCGUUCCAUGAUUGAGGGCUGGGGGCGAACUGGCAAUUAUAAAGAGGCAGGAUGGUAUUACAGGGCUAUGAAACAGCUCGGAUUCAAGCCUAACUCAUCUAACUUGUACACGCUGCUAACUUUGCAAGCAAAGCAUGGGGAUGAAGAGGGUGCCAUUAGAACACUUGAUGAUAUGCUCAAGAUGAGGUGCCAACAUUCUUCAAUCCUAGGUACUGUUUUGCAAGCAUAUGAGAAGACUGGGAGGAUCUAUAAAGUCCCUCUUGUUAUAACUGGGUCUUUCUAUCAACAUGUUUUAGAAGACCCAACUUCUUGUUCCAUUCUAGUCAUGGCUUAUGUGAAAAGUGGAUUAGUGAAUGAUGCAAUUAAAGUGUUGGGGAGCAAAAGGUGGAAGGAUCCAGUUUUUGAAGAUAACCUGUAUCAUUUAUUAAUUUGCUCUUGCAAGGAGUUGGAUGAUCUUGAUAACGCGGUUAAGAUAUUUUCUCAAAUACCUAACUCUGAAAAUAAGCCAAAUUUGCAUAUAAUGUGUACAAUGAUUGACAUUUACAGUGUCAUGGGUCACUUCAAUGAAGCAGAAAAACUCUAUUUGAAGUUAAAAUCUUCAGGGGUUGCCUUGGACAUGAUUGGCUUUAGCAUUGUUGUAAGAAUGUAUGUUAAAGCUGGAUCUUUAAAAGAUGCCUGCAGCGCUCUACAAAUGAUGGAGAAGCAGAAAGACAUUGUCCCAGACAUUUAUCUGUUUCGUGACAUGCUUCGGAUAUAUCAAAAGUGCAACAUGCAGGAAAAAUUAACGACUCUUUACUAUAGAAUUUUGAAGAGCGGUAUUACCUGGGAUCAGGAAAUGUAUAACUGUGUCAUUAACUGUUGUGCACGUGCUUUGCCAGUCGAUGAGCUUUCCAAGAUUUUUAAUCGAAUGCUUCACCAUGGUUUUGCUCCUAAUACUAUAACCUUCAAUGUCAUGCUUGAUGUUUAUGGUAAAGCCAAACUUUUCAGGAAGGUCAAGAAACUAUUCUGGAUGGCAAAAACUGGAGGUUUGGUAGAUGUAAUCUCUUACAAUACUAUUAUAUCUGCUUAUGGUCAAAAUAAGGACUUCAAGAAUAUGUCAUCAACCAUUCGAGAAAUGCAAUUCAAUGGUUUUUCAGUUUCCCUUGAAGCCUAUAAUUGCAUGUUGGAUGCAUAUGGGAAAGAAGGCGAAAUGGAGAAAUUUCGAAGUGUAUUGCAGAGGAUGAAGGAAUCAAAUUGUGCUUCCGACCACUAUACAUACAACAUUAUGAUCAAUAUUUAUGGGGAACGAAGAUGGAUUGAUGAAGUUGCUGCUGUGCUGACAGAACUGAAAGAAUGUGGAGUAGGACCUGAUUUGUGCAGUUAUAACACAUUGAUUAAGGCGUAUGGAAUCGCUGGAAUGGUCGAGGAUGCUGUAGGUUUGAUCAAGGAAAUGCGAGGAAAUGGGAUAGAGCCUGAUAGGAUAACUUACAGCAAUCUGAUCACUGCAUUAAGAAAGAAUGAUAAGUUCUUAGAGGCUGUUAAGUGGUCAUUGUGGAUGAAGCAGAUGGAAAUGGAAAAUGCAAGUGGUCCUACAUAAUCUGUUUUCCACAUCAUUUCGCAUUAAAGCUCCUACAACAUUCUACCUAAACAUUUCACAGGUGAUUGCUUCUUAAGAUCUAAGGACGAGCCAAGCAGAUUGUAUUUGGGAAACUGAUAAGUAGAUGCUACUGGAAGCAUGGAGGAUCCUUGCAAUGCCACAACCCUGGUAAAAAUAUAUUUAUAUGUAAAAAUUUCUGUGAUGCUAAUUUAUGGAAGUGAAAGUACUAAAUUUACUCAGAUGAAGGAGCAAUGUCAAACUGAAGCGCAUUGAACGUGAGGUUUUCUUCCUCGGUUAUACUUGGCUUGGGGCACAAUAGUUUGUCUUCAUUGACAAGGCAUGCUACUGUACUCCAUGAAUGAAACAAACUGAGAUAUCAUCAUCAAGGGUGGAUUUGUUCUCUCCAAAAUAUUGAUUUCUCCAUUAUUUUGUGCAGCCUAGCAUCUGGUGUAUGAAAUAAUAUUACUGCUAUUAGAAACAGGAAAGCAUACCGUAUUCAUUCUUAUCUCUCUUUUUUGCAUGUAAUAUAUAUAUAUAUAUUUCCUAUAAGCUGGACAUUAUGUAUGAUAUAUCUUACAUUUCUCUGGUGUGUUUAUUAUUAUUAUUAUUAUUAUUAUUCUCAUUUUCAUUGGUUUUGCAUAUUUACUUUCAUGUAAGCAGGAAUGUCAUAAUAGUUUUAAAAAUUCUCCCUUAUGUAUA